AUGGCUGUUGGACACAUGGGUCCAGUCGGCUCAAUCCUAGGACACGAAGGCGUUGGUCGCAUCGCUGCCGUUGGCUCGUAUGUUCAAGCUCUCGAUCCAACCGUAGAGAUUGGACAACGUGUCGGAGUAGCCUGGACCAGGGACAUUUGUGGUUCGUGUGGAUUCUGUACUGAUCUCGUCCACGAAGGGGAAACUAGAUGCGAAAAAGCACUCCAUUCCGGAAAGGCUUAUGACGGCACAUUCGCUCAAUACACACUGGUUCCGCUGCGGUAUCUCGCCAGAAUACCUGAAGGCUUCGACGAAAUACCAGAUGAGGAGAUUGCACCGAUCUUAUGCAGUGGUGUGACUGCAUAUAAAGCCGUUAAAGGUUGUCAUCUCACGCCUGGGCAGUGGAUCGUUAUCUCAGGCGCAGGCGGUGGAGUCGGAUCUCUCGCUGUUGCUUUUGCUCAUGCCAUGGGUUAUAGAGUCAUUGCUAUAGACACCGGUGAAGACAGGGAGGCGAAUUGUAAAAUCAAUGGCGCUGAUCACUUCAUUGAUAUCGCAAAGGCUAGCCCAAGUGUUGAAGUGAAGAAGAUCACUGGAGACAAGGGCGCAAAAGCUAUCGUGCUGGCAGCCACAUCAGCCGCGGCGUAUCAACAGGCUUUCGAGAUGCUAGGCCCAUUCGGUACACUAAUGUGUAUCUCGAUUCUCCCUGAAGACGCAAAGGUCUACUUCCAUCCCUUGUGGAUGAUCCAAAAAGGAUGGAAGAUAAUUGGCUCGUCAGUAGGAACUCGAUCUGACAUAUUGGAAGCGCUGGAGUUCGUCAAGCGUCGAGUUGUGGUACCCAAAGUUCGACAGGCAGAGUUGACAGAACUGGAACAGUUGAUGGAAGCGAUGUCAAAUGGUCAGGUAAUACAUCCUAAUGCAUUUUAUGACUGGAUUUCAGCUAAAGAAGUGUCAGUUGAAAGAAAAAUACGUGAUAAAGCUCUAGGCGAGUUGUACUUGUUGAUAACUUUCAUCUCAUAUAAGCUCUCAAGGAGCAUCACUUGCCCAAUCAAGAGAUUAUUGGGGUCUGUUUCGAGAGACGACAAAAGUGAAAGACACCUUGCUAUCAUGAGAGUUUCUUCGGGCUUCGGACUGGAUCCCCUUUUAUGUCGGUCGAUGAAUUGA